AUGGCCUCAAUAAAUCAAUGCCUGGCCUCAAUGGCGAGGCUCAGUCUCGCCACAUCAUCCAGACCAACAAUACAAGCAGCGAUACCACGAUACCUUGCGCCGUCAGUAGUCACAGCCGCACAACAAACACGAAAUGCAUCGGGACGGCCAAGCGGCGCCAGGAAGAGGGAGAAGAAGAGGAGGAUUUACAAGGGGUUCAGGGUCGACAGGCUCGACAACAUGCAGCAGUUCUCGCUGUGCGAUGCUAUCCGAUACACACGCGCCUUCGAGGUCGGCCAGAACCCCCAGACGACCAAGUACGACCUCGCCGUCAAGCUCAAGACCCUCAAGUCCGGCCCCGUGAUCAAGAGCCGCAUCCGCCUGCCGCACUCCGUCAAGUCGGACCGCCGCAUCGGAGUCGUCUGUCGCGAGGGCUCCGCGCUCGCCAUCCAGGCCCGCGAGGCCGGCGCCGUCGCCGUCGGCGAGGACACGCUGUUCCAGGCCCUGCGCGACGGCACCCUCGAGCUCACCAGCCUGAUCUGCGACCGGGGCUCCGCCGACAAGCUGGCCAAGGCCAACAUGGGCCGCGUGCUCGGCCCCAAGGGCCUGAUGCCCAGCGUGCGCCAAAAGACCAUCACAAGCAACGUGCUCGGCCUGCUGAAGGAGAUGGCGGGCGCCGACAACUAUCGCGAGAAGGACGGCGUCGUCAGGCUGUCUGUGGGUCAGCUGGGCUUCACGCCCGACAUGCUGGCUGCUAAUGUCAAGGCGUUUGUGUCGCAGAUCAAGGACGACUGCUCAGGGCUGGAUUCCUCGUUUAACAAGGAGGUGCAUGAGGUCGUCAUGAGCAGCACGCACGGGCCGGGGUUCAGCCUGAACGGCGGGUUCAUGCCUACUGAGGAGGGUCUGACGCCUGCUAUGUUGACCAGCGCGAUGUAA